UUUACCAGGCAGGCAGGGCUGCAGGCAAAUUCGCUACCGGAAUAAGAAAACCACUUUUUCGGACCCGUGUGCCGGCCUCAGGGGCGGACAAAUUACCCCGAACUGGUACACCGGACGCAUUUCGCCCUGAAGUAAGCAGCAGACGGAGUUGGCCCGUUGAAGGCCAAGAGCAUCCGCUGAAUUCGCACCCCAGAGGACCCUGAUGGUGUACGCAGCAAUGGAUGAGACUGAAAAACCUCAACUGACGCCCAAAGCCUCUGACUAUGAAAUCCUGGCCGAUUUGGGACAAAGCACUGGCAUUUUCGGCAUCGUGGCUAUGGUCAGGCAUUCGCCCACAAACACGCUAUUCGCUGCCAAACGCUAUGAGCUCGACAGACUGACUUCCGAAGAGGAAGAUCUCAUCAGGCACGAAGUUUUCAUGGCCAAGCAACUGAGACACCCAAAUGUUCUACCUUGCAUUGCCAGUUUUGUGUGGGACCAGUCGGUGUGCAUUUUGUCACCUCUAAUGGAUCUGGGCUCGUGCCAAGAUCUUAUCACAAACUUCUUCCCCAACGGCAUCCCUGAGCUCGCGGUGGCCUUUAUUUUGCGUGACGCGCUGCAUGGUUUGGAUUACUUUUAUCAACAGGGAAUCAUUUUAAGGAGCGUCAGAGCUAGUCAUUUGUAUGUGUGUCAAAAGGGCAAAGUGAGAAUUGGAGGGCUUCGAUACGCUUGCAGCAUUAUCAAAGACGGAAGGUGGCUCAAAAGUCUGCACAACUUUCCCUCCAGCACACUGCCCAAUCUUAAUUGGCUGAGUCCUGAAAUUUUAGAACAGAAUAUGCUUGGCUACAAUAGCAAAUCAGACAUUUAUAGUCUGGGUAUUACGACUUGCGAAAUGGCCAAUGGAAUUGUUCCCUACGCUGACAUGGAACCUCUUUUAAUGUUGACCGAAAAAAUUGGUGGAAGGUGUCCCCAACUUUUGGAUAAAUACGCAGUGCCCUACCUCACAGAGACAAGCAGCCAACAACCUGACUCAGGAGUUGGUACAAGCGCCGAAAUUUCAGAGGCUGAAGAGGCAGCAUUGAGUGCUGUGGAGAAAAGAGAAUUUUCUGAGCCUUUCCACCACUUUGUCGAGAUCUGUCUUUCACGGACCCCCAGUUUGCGACCAUCUCCGUCACGCCUUCUCAAUCACACGUUCUUCAAGCAGUGUCGGAGAGGCUCCCUGGCUGCAGUGCUGGCCCCAUACCUAACCAACCAGACUGCCUCCGCUCUCAAUCAAGACUUGCUGACAGAUAUGACGGCCGAGAGGAUAUCUGAUAUUCAACUUGACAGUGUGCAAUGGAACUUUUAAUCAAGUGAAAUGAAACUGCCAUGUCUGUAUAAAAUAGAUCUUGUAUUGGUACAGCACAGGAAUGUGGCAUCAUGUUUCAUACAUAUGGCUGUGAUGUUAUUAAUUUUUGAUUCAUGUGAUGUGUCCUGGAAGGUAAGAAACCUCAAUUUAAAUCGAGACUAAAAUCUGCAUUUGAUUUAAAUAAGAGUCCAUUAUUUUAACAUGAUAACAACCGGGUUGUGCAAGUAGUACAUUCCUUCAGUAACCAAAUCUGGUAUAUUAUAGACUAUUGUGCCGUAAUAUGGAAUUUGAUCAACUACACUGAUACGCCUAACGAUAUCUCCAAAGAUAAAGUACAAUCAAAAUAAUUAUG